CACUUACCUCCUCCUCCAACUCCUCGGUGAAAGCUGCACAGCUGGCAAUUUAAAGACAGGAGUUGCCAUAAGGAGUAAAAAGGGUGACCUGCUGCUCUGCUAAUUGUACCAAUACUUAAUGGAGAACAAGAGUCUAACCAGGCACUGAGUUAUUAAUCAAUCUUCUUUCUGUGGGGGUUCGGUCCAUAAAGCUGUGGAUCAGCACAUCAAGCAGCCAGCACCCCUCUCUCCACUGGAACCAUUAUAACCUCCUUAAUACUGCAAGCAUAAGUUGAAAUAAUGGAGAAGUCGAGGCACAAGCAGCAGCUGGCGGUCAUUCUUCUGCUGGGGUUGUGGUUUCCUUGUUGUCUAACCCAGACCACACCGCCUACCAGAGCCAACUUGGCACCUACUCCAUCUGGGACCCCUAAGGCUCAGACUGCACAGCUAAAGGUCAGACUGGCUGGAUACCCCCGUAAACACAACGAGGGGCGGAUAGAGCUGUUUUAUAAAGGAGAGUGGGGAACCAUCUGCGAUGACGACUUCUCAAUAUCCAACGCCAACGUGCUCUGUCGUCAGCUGGGCUUCGUCUCAGCCACUGGAUGGACUCACAGUUCCAAAUAUGGCAAUGGCCAAGGAAAGAUCUGGUUGGACAAUGUGAUAUGCAAUGGAGGUGAGAAGAGCAUUGAAUUCUGCAAGUCUCGAGGAUGGGGAAACAGUGACUGCACUCAUGAUGAAGAUGCCGGAGUUGUUUGCAAAGAUGAGAGGAUUCCAGGCUUUGUGGACUCAAAUAUUAUUGAUCCCCAAGUCGAUGAGAAGAAAGUGGAGGAGGUGCGACUCCGUCCUGUUGUUGCGACGGCCAAGAAACUGCCAAUCACAGAGGGUGUCGUGGAGGUGAAACACAAAGACGGCUGGGCGCAGAUCUGUGACUUGGGAUGGACGAUCAAAAACACCCGAGUGGUCUGUGGCAUGCUGGGAUUCCCGCACGAAAAGAAGGUGAACAAGAACUUCUACAAACAUCUGAAAAAGCGAGCUGCUGAGAAGGUCUCCAGUCCAAAGGUUAAUGUUUCAGCUGGUGGAAGGAAACCACCCAAAGCUAAAGCUAACUCUAAGUCUAAACAGAGCAACCCUGACAAAAGGUUGUACUUGGAGCGACAGAAGAACUCCUACCUCAUCCAGUCUGUGGCAUGCACAGGCACAGAGGUCCACCUGGCAGCCUGUCAGCUUGAGUUCAACAAGCCAAACGCCACAUCAUCCUGCGCCGGUGGCAUGCCGGCUGUUGUGAGCUGCAUGCCCGGCCCGCUAUUUAUGCAAAACAGAAGUCUGAAAAAGAAAGUUAAAACCUCGAGCAACGUGAGGCUGAAGGGUGGAGCCAGGCUGGGAGAAGGUCGAGUGGAAGUACUGAAAGGCAGCGAAUGGGGGACGGUGUGUGACGACCGCUGGAACCUGCAGUCAGCCAGCGUCGUUUGCAGAGAGCUUGGCUUCGGCAGCGCAAAGGAAGCUCUUACUGGUGCCCGCAUGGGUCAAGGAAUAGGUCCAAUCUACAUGAAUGAGGUGAAGUGCUUUGGAAAUGAGAAGUCGAUCUGGAACUGCCCGUUUAAAAACAUUACAUCUGAGGAUUGUCAGCACAUGGAGGACGCUGCUGUCCGCUGCAACAUCCCCUACAUGGGCCUGGAGAACUCGAUCCGAAUCACAGGAGGACGAACUCGCUAUGAGGGCCGCGUGGAGGUGCUGAGCUCCGACUCUAAUGGGACUGAGAGCUGGGGUCUGAUCUGUGGUGAGACUUGGACCACUAAGGAAGCCAUGGUGGCGUGCAGGCAGCUGGGGUUGGGCUACGCUAACCAGGGCUUGCAAAUCCGGAUAGUGGGCGGCAGAAGCAGUUAUGAAGGCCGGGUCGAGGUUCAGGUUGGGUCCAAGUGGGGCACAGUGUGCAGUACAGGCUGGACCACAAAGGAGGCCAUGGUGGUUUGCAGGCAGCUAGGGCUCGGCUACUCCAUGCAUGCUAUCACUGAAACCUGGUACUGGGAUAGCAGUAAUGUCACUGGCAUGGUGAUGAGUGGCGUGAAGUGCAUAGGAAACGAGAUGGCUCUGAGUCAGUGCCAGCAUCACAAAACGGUCAGUUGCCAGAAAGCAGCCGCCAAGUUCGCAGCAGGAGUCAUCUGCUCAGAGACGGCCUCCGACCUUGUCCUGAAUGCUUCUCUGGUCCAGCAGACGGUUUAUGUGGAGGACCGUCCUCUGCACAUGCUCUACUGUGCUGCUGAGGAGGACUGUCUGUCUAAAUCUGCAGCAAAAGCCAACUGGCCGUACGGACACAGGCGGUUACUCCGCUUCUCCUCUCAGAUCCACAACAUCGGGCGAGCUGACUUCAAGCCGAAGGCAGGGCGGCACUCGUGGGUCUGGCAUGCCUGUCAUGGCCACUAUCACAGCAUGGACAUCUUCACCCACUAUGACCUGCUGAAUGCCAAUGGCAGCAAAGUAGCAGAGGGUCACAAAGCCAGUUUCUGCCUGGAAGACACCGACUGUCACGAAGGUGUUUCCAAACGGUACGAGUGUGCUAACUUUGGUGAUCAGGGCAUCACUGUCGGUUGCUGGGAUUUGUACCGCCAUGACAUUGACUGCCAGUGGCUUGACAUCACAGACGUCAAACCUGGAAACUAUAUCAUGCAGGUUGUGAUCAAUCCAAAUUAUGAAGUAGCAGAGAGUGAUUUCACAAACAAUGCUAUGAAGUGCAACUGCAAAUACGAUGGACAUCGGAUUUGGCUCCAUAACUGCCACCUCGGGGAUGCAUUCAGCGAGGAGGCAGAGAGGAGAUUUGAGAAGUACCCUGGACAGAUAAACAACAGGAUUUCCUAAUUUUCCAGGACUCACUGCAGACCAAAAUGCCGACGCCAGCUGAUUGAUAUAAAUAAACGUGUCUAGUUUAUACAGAAACACACAAUCCCUUUGUUUACAGGUGCUCACAUUGAUCCCAGCCACCAUAUUUCUUCAUAGUUAUUAUACUUGAAAAUUCAAGUGGUAAUGAUAAUGUCCUCAAGUGUAAUAUGGGUUAUACAUGUUUUUUUUUACAAAUUAAGUUUUCAUAGUCACAAAGUCUAAUUGAUGUACAGCUUUUGUUGAGUGUUUUAGUUGCAUAUCUGAAUGAAGCUUUCAUUUUCAUUUUUUUAAACAAUAAGUAGGUUGAUUUUAUUUGCUUUUAUUACUCAAUUUCCAGCUAUUGACCUUGAUAAAGUUUAAUUUGCCUUCAGUAAUCUGAACAGAAUCUAAAGGUUCUGAUAUUUUCCACUGUCUUGAAAACUGUUUUAAGCCUUCACUUUUCAACAGUUGGCACGUAACAUAAAAAGUUUUAAUAUUUUAUAUUGGGGUUUUAUUGAUGGACCAACUGACAGUGUUUGCUGUGAAGCACAGUAGCAGCAGCAUCAUGCUGUGGAGUGGUGGCUCUAUAACAUUAAAAGUUUACUUUUUUUUUUUUUUAUCAAGCUAACGGGGUAUAAAGACUGCUCCAAGGCAUUGUUCCUGAUUAAGAGAAGACAUUUAAUGCAAAAACUGGUCUGAAUAUAAGAAAAAUAUUCUCAAGAUAAGUGAAUUUCAAGAAAAAUUGACUUAGAUUUAUUUUUUGCUGUGUAGAUUUCUCAAACUGUGCAUAAUGUUUUUUUUUUCUUUUAUUUAAAUUAGAAUUUUUGCUCUAAUUUAAACAAAACAGUUCAAACACCUUUGAAAAACAUCCAGGUUUUACCAGUCUGCCAUCCUACAUUUGUACUAGCAGUGUUUUACUACUUUGUUGGUGAGGACAGCUGCAAUAUUUCAUGAAUGUAUUUAUUUCCAUUAUAAAGGUGCUCAUAAGCAGUUUGUGUCUAUGAGCAGUUCUUUUAAGCUAA